CGAGGGGGAGGAGGAGGUCGUGCGAGGCGGAGGAGCAGGUCGCACGAGGAGGACAAGAGGCUGCAGGAGGUCGCUCGAGCGGGAUGAGGAGGUCGCACGAGCAGGGUGACGAGGUCAGAAGAGAGGUCGGAGAAGGUCGCGCGAGCAGGAUGAGGAGGUCGCACGAGCGGGAUGAGGAGGUCACGCGAGCAGGAUGAGGAGGUCGUGCGAGCAAGAUGAGGAGGUCAGAAGAGAGGUGGGAGGAGGUCAUAAGAGGACUCCUGAGGGGGAGGAGGAGGUCGUGCAAAGAGGAGGUCGUGCGAGGAGAAGAGGAGGUCCGAAGACGAUGUGCGAGGGGGAAGAGCAGGUAGCACUAGGGCGGGGAGGAGGUUGCACGAAGGGGGGGAGCAGGUUGCACGAGGGGGAGGAGGAGGUCACACAAUGGGGAGGAGGUCCGAGAGAGGAGUGGGUCGUGCAAGGGGAGGAGGAAGUCGUGGGAGGGGCAGGAGCAGGUCGCGCGAUGGGGACGAGAGGUUGCAGGAGGUUAUGCAGGAGGGGGAGGAGGAGGUCGCACCAGUGGGAGGAGGAGGUCGCGCUAACGGAAGGAGUUCGUGCGAGCGGGAGGAGGGGUGCCGCAAGGGAGGACGAGGAGGUUGCGAGGUCGCACAAUGGGGAGGAGACAGCGAAAAGAGAGGAAAGGGAGAGUGAGGGUGUGCUGUUUGAGAGUGUGAGGAGGGGCAAGAGGAGUAUUCGUCCAAACGUAAGGAGAGAGCAGACCCCUCUUGAGAGCACUACUGACAUUCCUUCCUCCAGCAUGGCGGUCAUCACAUCUGACCAAUGGCAGGCCAUGCUGGACGCAGCAGACGAGAGUCAGAAACCGUUCUUUCAAAAACUGUAUGAUGAUGCCGUACAGAAGGAACGGGAGGCGGAGGCAGCAGCUAGAGCUACGAGUAUAGCUGCGCAGGAGGCCCUCCUACAGGUUCCGGAAGCCAAUGCUGACCGGUUCCAGGAGAGGCUAGUUGUUGUCGUCGCAGCCUUGGUCCGGCUGCGGAACUUGGAAGAUCUCGAGUCUCGUGUGACAGCACUUGAGCAGCGGAACCAAGAGCUGCAGGCUAAAGUAAAUAGCCUUGAACAGUCCCAACUGUCUGCCCCCCGCCCUCCUAACUCUCGAUCUGUUGUAAUCCCAGUCUCUCAGUCCAGCACAACCCUCGUUCCAAGGGCCAGCGGAACUGUGGCAAGUGCAGGAACCGGUGCCAGCUCCUCGAGCGGCAGCACCGGCAGUUCUGCACUGGUUACAGUCCCAAAUGCGGGGACUUCAGCCCAAAACGCCGCAGUUCUUACUGGCGUUCAGUACAGCGGUCCCAUGGUGGACAAGCGGGCGGCCACGCUGCCGUCCAAGUACGACAGGAAGGCUGACAUCACCUCUUGGAUUAGUUCCAUGAGGUCAUACUUCGAGGUCAUGCGGACACCGCAAGAGGACCGAAGUAUGAUGAUGGGGACUAAUACCGAGCCCGCCGUACGCAACCACAUUGAGCUCCAAGCUGUUGCUGCAGGCUAUGAGCGCAUAGACCUGACUGAAUGGCUGAAGGUUACCCCUGUCCGCGCUCUUGAAGAUCUUCUCCUUGACCGGUAUCAGGAUAAACACGCUGCGCUCAAGGCUAGGCUGAAGCUUGAGGCCCUCAAAGGCCAAACAUGGAGGUCAUCCAUGCAAGCUUUAGAACAGCACUUGACUGGUCUAUUCGCCACUCCGGAUCUGGGGAUGACUGACGUGUCUUGCAUGGAUGUAGUCAUGGGAGUGGCCCCUAAAGAAUACCUCUCCCUGCUAGCACUCAAAGACCAUGCUACCUGGCGAGAGCUCAUGAAGGAUCUAGUCAACCUAGAGGCCAAGGACCUCGCCAGGCGCAAGAAGGCGCCCGCUGCAGGAUUGCUAUCGUCUUCAGGGAAACAGGCAAGGGGCGUAGAGGAAUCAUCAGCACUCUCUACAACAAAGGAAGCUGAGCAGUCAGUUGCAGGCCCUUCCGAGGAACCUGAAUCUGAUCAGCAGCUUGCUCUUGAAGCCCGAACUGAUGCUGAUUCCAAGGCUGGUGCAGUCCAAGUAUUAUACACUGAGCCUUGGGAGGAGUCUAGAGAAGUUGACCUCCACGCCCACAUGGAGCAUUGGCUGCAGCUCAAGCAGCAACGCCGUGUUCAGGGGAGCGUGGAGCUAACCUUCUUUAAACUACUCAUUAACUGUCGAUACAUCCGUGUGUUGAUUGACAGUGGCUCCACCACUAAUUUCUUCUCUCCGAACGGGAUUCGUAAGGCGGGCCUGGGUAUGAAGAAAGUGGAACUGCAGAACCCUUGCCAAACUCAGGUGGGCAACCAAGAGGUUGUCACUUCUACUCAUGCUGUCAAAGGUGUGCGCAUCACCUUUGACAAAGAUCGCACUGUCACACAUGAGCUAAAUUUUUAUGWCUUGGACAAGUGUCCGUUCGACGCGGUCAUUGGCUUGGGCUGGCUAAAGGCUCAUUGCCUAAGGACCACGUGGGCGGAYAAUCAGUUCGUGGUUCUCGAUGCCGAGGGGAACGAGCGUACCGUCUUAUUAGACGAGACGCGCGAGUCCCCUGUGACUCUUCUAAGUGCAAACAAAUUCUGCAGGUCAGUGCGCAGGCGCAAAGAGGCUGAGUUUGUACAUAUAGCUCUUGUAAAACCUUUCCAUGUGCCUCCUACUUUUGCUGCAUUUUUUUCUUCUGAAGGUAACUCUACUACUUCUACUUCUAUUCCACCUACUUCCGUUGUAAAUAAUCAAUCUAAUUUUGAUCCGAAUGCCUCAAAAUCGGUUGUGAUUGCUGUAAAUUCCCAAUCUGGUUUUCUCUCGCCUGAUGAGGAUGAUCCUCCAUCUGAAAUCCCAGCAAACAUUCGCCUCCUAUUAGAUCGAUUCCCGAAAGUGUUCGCUGAACCGCGCGGAGUUCCCGAGCGUCCAGUCAAGCACAAAAUUGAGAUAAUAGAAGGGAGUGUUCCUCCACAGGGUUGCGUCUAUCUUAUGGGACAAGGCGAGUUGGAGGAGCUGCGGAGACAGAUCGAUGACAUGAUUGACCGUGGAUGGAUUAGGCCUAGUGAGUCUGAGUUUGGUGCCCCUGUCCUAUUUGUACCGAAGAAAGGAGGCAAGCUCCGAAUGUGCAUUGACUAUCGUGGCUUGAACCGGAUCACUAGAAAGAAUGCGUACCCUUUGCCUCGCAUAGAUGAUCUGUUGGAUGCGUCCGGUGGUUGCAAGGUCUUCUCCAAGAUUGACCUCAAGUCUGGCUACCACCAGAUUGAAGUCGAUCCGACUGACCAGCACAAAACCGCGUUCAAGACACGCGAUGGGCUGUACGAAUUUAUCGUUAUGCCCUUCGGCCUUACGAACGCACCAGCCACAUUUCAGUCCCUCAUGGACAAGGUACUCCGCCACCAACUUAACAGGUUUGUGGUUGUGUAUCUUGAUGACAUUCUGAUUUUCAGCAAGUCCAUGGAGGAGCACGUCAAGCAUCUUGAGGAGGUCUUGCAAGUCCUCAAAGAUGCUCAACUGCACCUCAACUUGGAGAAAUCUGAGUUUGGCAGGGACAGCGUCAUCUAUCUUGGGCACCGGUUGUCUGUGAGCGGCCUUGAGCCGGAGGCAACCAAGGUUGAGGUCAUCCGCAACUGGCCUCAACCGUCAAAUGUACGCGAGCUUCGUUCUUUUCUCGGUUUGGCUUCUUACUACCGGAAGUUUGUGCCUAAAUUCUCUGUCAUUGCUCAUCCACUCUUACGCCUGACUAGUAAUAAUGUUGCCUACGCGUGGUGUGAAAAGUGUGAGACUGCGUUCCAAGCCUUGAAAGAGGCUUUGGUUGACCCCAACAGCCAGCCUGAUUUUCAUGAAUGCGAUGGUCUUGUAUUCCGCCGGUACGGGAAAUUUGAUCGCUUUUGUGUUCCUAACCAUGCGCCUCUCCGGACUCAUUUCCUGGAUUUGGCACAUGGUCGGAGUGGGCAUUUCGGCUUUGAGAAGACUUAUGGAAGUCUUCUCCAGCAGUUUGAUUGGCCAGGAAUGAAGGGAUCUGCUCAGAAAUUUAUUGCCGAGUGUCAAGUCUGUCAGAGAACCAAGGUCCACAGGCAUAAGCCUUAUGGCCUGCUGAGACCUCUCCCAAUCCCUGAUGGCCCCGGGGAAUCGGUCUCUAUCGAUUUGACGGACAUGGGGAAGGUGAGUAUGGCAGGGAAUUCACAAGUCAUGGUCAUUGUGGAUCACUUCUCUAAAUUUCUGAAUUUGAUUCCUCUACCUCCUCAUGCACCGGCUGAACUGGUGAUCGUAGAGUUUCACCAGCAGUACAUUCUGCAGUAUGGGCCCCCGAAAACUCUUGUGAGUGAUCGGGACACCAGAUUUAUCAGCAAGGAUUGGAAGGACUUCACUGCCCAGAUCUAUGACAUCAAACUGAACAUGACUUCUGGUCGACACCCCGAAGCCAAUGGAUUGGCUGAGGAAAUCAACCAGACCGUCACCCAGCUGCUGCGCGCAUUGAUUGUGCCAGAUCAGAACACAUGGGAUAAGGACUUGCAUAAAGUAAAGGGGCUGUACAACAACUCCAUCCAUUCUGCAACCGGUGUGACACCAAACCAGUUGCAGUAUGGAUGGCCAAUGCGCAAUCCCCUCUCCUACCUGUUCCCAGAACGGUCACCUAGUCUGACGCCCGGCAUGCCUGGCUACAAUGCCAAGUACGCACGCUUGCUCAAAGCUGUGACCGCCGCCAUGAACAAGCGCCAGCAUGCCAUGAUCAAACAUGCUAAUAAGAUGCGGAGAGAAGAGAAAUUCAAAGUAGGAGAUUAUGUCUGGGUCAAAAUGUCUGAAUUUUCUGAUGAAGAGGGUGUUUCACAGAAGCUUAUUCCACUAUACUACGGCGUUUGGCAGAUUCUGAAAGUGAUUGGGGAUGAUUUCGGUCCUUCGUAUGUGAUUGACGUGCCGCCUCAUCUACGCACGUACCCAGUCUUCCAUGCCUCCAAACUGUUUCCGCACAUUGAUGAUGAGACUUUUCCCUUCCGAGACCCUAUGAUACCUCGCCCUAUCGAUGGUGGCCAUGAGAUCGACAGAAUCGUUUCUCACGAAGGGAGAGGGAGGAACAUACAAUAUAAAGUUCACUUCCUCUAUCACCCGUUGAAUGAAUUUUUCUGGAUCGACCGGAAAGAACUGCUGAAGAGUGCGCCACGUGUUGUGAACGCAUAUGAACGACAGAUUGUUGAUGGACAGACCGCCAAAACCCAUUCAAAACAUGCUGGCAAAUUGGAAAGUAUCACGCAACGCUACUGGAUGAUUGAGUAUUUCAAGUCAAGACCAAGGGAUUUAGUUCAUAGAGCUUUAGUGCUAAGGUGGAUUAAAGAGGCUGAUAAUCUUGCAACGGUGCUUCUGUACGAGCUUGGGUUUGAAUUGGUCAUGAGGUUUACCAGAGAUGUUCGCCUUGGGGCAUUAGUUCAACUGGUUCUGAUAGAAGCGGAUGCUCGAAGGGACAUACUCCGGUUUCAAGAGGCCUCGCCAUGUCAGAUCGCCAUAGCAGCAAACACGUACGCGCAGACAGCUGUUGCAUACGACGAUGAUACUAUCAGGAGCUCUCUGAGAUCUGGAGGCAGAUCGGUGUGUGCGGCGGAGCCGGGUUUUGGUGGGUUGUCUGCGACGGUGCCAGGCAUUCCUGCAACUGCAGUUGCUUUUGAAGAGAUGAAGAUGCUUGUGACUAACAGAUGCUCCAUGAAUCACGCCUCUGCUGGGACCAUUGCCUUGAGGGGUAUGGGAAGAAUGGGUGGAGUCGGGGGCAUUGGCAGUGUCAUGCCAGUCAGGGGUGUACGUGUUGGUGUGGGUGUGGGUGUGGGAUUAUAUAAGUGGUGAGUCUGGUGACCCUUUUGCCAUGCAGAAGGGACUGGGGACACAGGCUGCCCUCGUGCUCAUCCACUGGUGUGCCCGUCACUUGAGGUACGAAGACCGUGCGAUCUCUGUGUACCCUGUUCCGUUGAUUGGUCCUUGUAGCAUUAUGUUCGGGGAAGCGAGCAUUUAUCGAUGCCUGCUGUAAAUAGGCAUUAUAUGUUCUGUGAUGGCACUUGACGGUUACAGAAGGCGAUAAGCAUCGUUCAUGUCUUUAACAAAUGUCUUUGCAGAUCCCCGAUGUCGUUUAGUGUCGUCACCUCUUCUGUGACUGUUCUCUCCUAGCCCCAUUUCUGCCUUGUGCCUCCUCUCGCUUACUGACUGUCCCUACUGGGUUUGAUGAUGUAGACUAGACCCCCUGUGGAUGUGAUGAUCGAACACACAUCAUUAUACGGGUCUCUGGAUCUAGACCAAAGCACACAGUGUAUACAUACCCUCUUUCAAUUCACUGAACCUGGACCACUCACGACAGAUAAUGCAAGGAACUCAUCAACAGUUGAUUCGUUUGAAGUUCGCCCAGCUGUCAUCUGAGGGGAGGAGUAGCAUGCAUUCCUUCAACAGGCGGAGGAGACAGUUGCGUGGUAGAGAGGCGGUGCACAUGCAGGCCAAGUGUGGGAGGGUAGUGAGCAGGCUUGUAUUCUGUUAUCUUUUGUUUCAUUAUUUUGUGUUUUUCUUUUCUUUUUUUCUCCCCUCUUUGACUAAUCUGACCACUGGUAAUGGAAAGAAGACACCCCUUUCGGUAGCGGGUGGUAUCUUUCCAUAGUGUAUAAUCGGGGGACAGGGAGGAUACCUACCGAUACAUGGGAGGAAUAUUGAGGACGAGGGUGUGAGGGGGAGCAGCAGGAGGAGGAGGAGCUUAGCAUUGCACAUUGUGCACUUUGGAUGAGGAGGUUGGAAUGUAAGGUUAUAAGCGAUCCGUCUAUAGACUCGAUACCCAUAGGGGGCGAGCGACACCUACGAUUGCACCAGUUAGGUGCGAUCAUUGUAGUUUUUGAGGAAUCAACUGUAUCUACUGCUGGCAUACGAAAGGCACCAGUUGGGUUCAGUCACUGCGAUUGACCGUUGUAGUCGAUUACAGGUAUUGAAUGAACACUGGAGUUGGGAAAGCAGUCAUCUGUAGGUGGCAAAUCCUGUUGCCAGCCAGAUUUGAUCUGCAACAAAUCGAGCGCAUCGCAUCCCCCAGAUCCUGGGAAGACAGGAUAUUUUGCACUGUGACUAGAGUCUGCGCAGAGUAGGGGAUGCGAAGGACCAGAUGAGUGUUCGCUCUUGAUAACUGUGAAUACAGCCUAUAGAGUAGGGGGAGGAACCAGGCGGCUGUGCAAGGACACGGAAUAGGAAGGAGUCCAUUAUGAAUCUGGUGGGUGCCUAGUUUGGUCGGUUAUCCGCGAUUUCCUUCCCUUUCCUUUUUUCUUAUCAGUGCUUUACAGUUCAGAUGUAUUCUUGACAAAUAGUUUGAGUUGAGCUGGAGGCUCCCCAAGUAGCACAUGCUCGAUGCAGGCUAGUUCGUUUUGUUUUUUUUCAUUUGGCUAUUUUCUCUUAACGCACCAGUACACCACACAUUGGCCCGCAGGCGUCGGCAUGAAACCCGCACCACUUCAGAGGCCGCCGAUUUUUUUGUUUCAAAGGCGCCCCUGACCGCGCGGCACAUCCGAGUUUUGCCUGUGGCGACAAAAGCAUUCUGCAAGGCUGCGGCCAUGUACUAGCGAGCGGUUUAAUGUUUUCGAUUCUUCUGCCUGAGCUGAAGGUUUUCAAUCCUUCAAGCAUUGCUUUCGGGUUUGUCGUCCUGGUCAGGAGACAUUGCUGGAUCCAGUUUCUAUCGGGGAAACAGUGCAUUCUCUUGAUUCACUGUACUCUGUGGUAACGGGAUCCGUAAGCUGCACAGGUCUGCAGGAACACUUGAUAUCUAGUGGAAGACGCAAGGAGUGACGUAUCGUCAUUGCUGGUGUGCCAAGCUUUGUGGACCGCUGGAUGGAUAAGCCAGGGAGGAGAUGAGGGAGGAAGUGGAAGGUUUCUUGUGUGGUAAUUUCAGCAAUGGGGAUUUCUCUUGGCUAGGCAGGCAUUUGUUCUGCAUUCGAGGAGUGACCUGCGGGAUUCGCUACUCAUGUUGGAGCAUUGAAUGUUGUUUAAGGCUAUGUCCAAGCAACAUCAGUGUUGCUGCAACAGCAGAACCAGGAGCGAUAGGAGCAGUAGCAGCAGCGGUAGUAGUAGUAGUAGCAGCAGCAGUAGUAAAAGCAGUAGCGGUGGUAGUAGUGGUAGUAGUAGAGGUAGCAGCAGCUACUACGAGUUGUAGUGGUGAAAUAAGUAUAUCAACUGUGCGCCUUCACGUAUGCUGUGGGGUGCAUGUGCAUGAAGGCAGAAGAGUGGACAGACCGGAGGCUCAGGAGAAAAGUUAUUUUUUCUGUGUUUUUGGGUUACAGAUGAAGCGAAAGUCUUAUUUUGGUUCCAUUUUGUUGCGGGUGGUUUUUGUGUAUAUUCAAUCCUCAGGACUCGAAGGGCUCAUACAGGUUGCCAUUGGCUGGGUAGCUGUUUGGAUCUCUUUGUUGCAGGGAUGUAACAACAGAAGUCG